CUGAAGCACUUUUUGUUUGAGCUCUCGCCUGCAAAGCAACGCGGCGGACUUUGGACUAUUCACAACAGAUAAAUGCACUAUUUCCUCUUUACGGAACCGAAACGAACCGACAGCAAUUACUAGACACGCAGAUCAAAGAGGAGCCGCUGCAGAGUUUGUGUGUGUGGGAGAAUAAAGGAGAGCAGCCAUGCCUCUAACGAGGGGGAAGAAACCCGCUUUCACUGCGGGGAACAAGAUCCCCAAACUCAAUGCCACGAGCGAGAACCAGGAGGAAGGCCCCCAGGUGAAGCGGUCCUCCUCUCCUCCCCACGGGGCCCCGAAGAAGAGGACCGCGUUCAUCGACAUCACUAAUGCUCACAAGGUCCACAUCAGCCUUCCGGGGAAGAAGAAGAAGAAGGAAGCGGCCGCGAAGAAGCAGGUGAAGAAGACGAGCGCCGCCGCCUCGUUGUCCGCGAAGAACCACGCCAACCUGACCAAGUCUUCGUCGGAGAGCUCGGAGGACACGCCGGCUGAGAGAGAGGAGGAGGAGGAGGAGGAGGAAGAAGAGGAGGCGCAGACGGAGGCGGCAGCUCCAGUAGAAGAGCUGGUGGCUGCCGCGCCGCCUGCUGCCGGCGAAGUGCCGGCACACCUUCAGAAACAACAAAUCCCAGCGGAGUUUGACAUCGACUCUGAGAACUCUGAGGACUGUUACAUGUGUCCAGAGUACGCAAAGGACAUCUUUGACUACCUCAAACGGAGAGAGGAGAAGUUCGUCCUCCACGACUACAUGUCCGAUCAGACCAGCCUGAACCCGGAGAUGAGGGCCAUCCUGAUCGACUGGCUGGUGGAAGUGCAGGAGAACUUUGAGCUGUACCACGAGACCCUGUACCUGGCCGUGAAGAUGGCCGACCACUACCUCGCCAAGACGCCUGUCCACAGGGAGCUGCUGCAGCUCGUGGGCUCCACCACGAUGCUCAUCGCCUCCAAGUUUGAGGAGCGCAGUCCGCCGUGCGUCGACGACUUCCUGUACAUUUGCGAUGACGCGUACAAGCGGGAGGAGAUCAUCUCCAUGGAGGCCAACAUCCUGCAGACGCUCUCCUUCGACAUCAGCAUCCCCAUCCCCUACCGGUUCCUCAGACGCUAUGCCAAGUGUGUGAGCUCGGGGAUGGACACGCUGACUCUGGCGCGGUUCUACUGCGAGAUGAGUCUCAUGGAGAUGGAGCUGGUGUCGGCGAGGGGCUCGCUGCUGGCGUCCGCCUGCCUGCUGCUGGCGCUGGUCACCAAAGACCUGGGAGGAUGGGGUCCCGUCCUGCAGUUCCACUCCGGCUACCAGGCGGCAGACUUGGCGCCCGUCGUCAGGAAGCUCCACGAGGUGCUUUCAGCUCCGCCCGACGAUAAGCUGAAAGCCAUCAGGCACAAAUACUCUCACAAGGUGUUUUUCGAGGUCGCGUCCCUGCCGAUGGUCAACAGUGACAUUUUGGAGGAAGCUUUAUCUCAGUGAGGCCCCCCCCCACCCCCCCUCAGACCCCCCCGUGCCAGUCCAAUUUGAGUGGAAAUAUUUCCAAUUUCUCCCUCCAAACCUGUAUAUAAUUUGUGAAUAUGUUUAAUAUUUAUACAUGUGGUCUUUCCUGUCUUUUUAUAUACUAUUGGAAAUAAAUCUUUAAUUCCAGUUUGUGAAAAGAGCUCUUAUGGGCAUUUGUUUUCCAGAGGUUAUGCCAGUUUAUUGUGCUACGGUUGAUUUUAAUGGCUUUUUUUUAAAUGGCAUUUCAGUGCACAUUUGGCAUUGUUUUUUUUUUUUAUAAGAGGUUACAAAGGAAAAAAUUAAUUAAUGUGCCCUGUGUGUGUGUGUGUGUGCGUGUGUGUGUGUGAGAGAGAUUUAAAAACAUGUUUUAAGAUGAUGCUACGGUGAGAUGUCAGUAAACACUUUUCAUGGUGAAUUAUGCACCAGUCCAAACAUUUCUAUAGGUUUUCCUACAUUGUGUGUGUGUGUGUGUGUGUGUGUGUGUGUGUGUGUGUGUGUGUGUGUGCGCGCACAUACGUUGUACAGCGUUUAUCAUGUUAUUAUCACUAUGCUAAUUAUUUGUAUAAAAGACGACCGCACGAUGCUAUUUCUAAAUUGCUGUCGUGCACGCUCUUAAAAUAAAGUUCUUUUUGUUUUUUUAAAAA